AGUGAUAUGAAUGCUUCGAAUGUUUACAGUAAAGAGAAUAGCUUGAUCUCUCAAAAAAUAAAUGUCGAAAGAAUCAAAAGUCCCCUAUCUAUGCUAGUUUUCGGAUAUUUAAAUUGCUUCCUCCGAUCAUGACUCCAACUGUCCGACGAUUUAGGCGGCACCCCCUUUUCUCUACUCGCACGUUCCCUUUCUUUUCCUCCAAGUUUAGCUCAUGCUUAUCCAUUAGGGGUACCAAUCAUUUAACCCAUCUCAUCUUUCCUUUGCUGGGCUUCGGUGCUUAUCUGGACAUGUCAAGUAGGCUGGUUAUCUUAAUUACUUAUUCUCCAACUGGGCCGUGUUUAUUGGACGGAAAUUUCCUGGCCCAACAAUUGCCCCCAAUUCGAUGAAGCGGUUGAAGCCGAACCAUUCGCCCAACGCUACUUCGAAUUUCAAACCAAACCGUCUUGGAAGUUGUGCAACCGACUACUUUCCAGACUCAUAAUCACUACCACCGGAUCGCUUGCCAUUCCACUCUUCCUUCUUCAAGAAACUUUUCCUUUCCUUUCUUCCUUCUGCAACCAACUCGUCAGCUCUCAUGGCUUCUCAAUGCUUCAUUCCGCAAUUCAUUCUAGAGCCCAAAAGCGCAAAACAAGCAAAACUCACCGAGGAACAGGUGGAACUCAUCCAAACCUCCGCCGGCUUCCCACCCAAUGCCGUCAUCCGCUUCCCUGCAGCGAACGAGCGCAUGGACUGGUUUUGCCCCGGAUGGGUCAAUUUCCUGUACUAUCCCUUCAAAAUUGGGAUGAAGUUCCCUUUUUCCCCCCUAACUCGGGGUUUCUUGGAGUUCGUCAACUUGUCGCCUUCCCAAAUCAUGCCACAGGUGUGGAGGAUUCUUCGUGCGCUGGAGGUUGUACGCGAAAAGUAUGACAUCCCCUUCGAAUUUGAAGACUUGGGCUUCACUUACGAACUCCGAACUUCUGGGCCUGGCCGAUUCACCGUGGCGAUGAAGGACAAGAAACCCAGACUCAUUCACAAAGUUGACAAAGCGAAUGACAGGGGCUGGAUGCACUGGUACUUUUUUGUCCUCAAAGAUUCACUUGGUAGUGAAGGGUCUUUCCUUGAAGAUAACCUGCACAAAGAGAAGAAGGCAAUAUCCAUCCCUUAUGGUCCGAAAUUGGAGGAACGUACUGCACGAAUUCAAGCUAUCCCUGUGGAAGAACGCUGGUUUGUAAACCUGGUUGCCGAAUCUCCAGUCUCACUUGAGGACUCAGAUCAGGAAUCAGAAACUUCGAAGGCUGGUGCAGGAGAGAAUGCAGAUAUCUACAUCCCAAUGCAGGUCGUCUUUCCGGUGGGCGAUAGUUCUCAGACGGUUCCCAAGAAGUGUUCCUACCCAGCUACUGCUGCUGCGUCUUCCUCCAGCUCUCGCUUGGUCCCGUCCGCUCAUGAAUUGCUUGCCCUGGAUUCCAAAAAGAAAAGAGCCUCUCCCAGAUUAGCUUCUACUCCCCUGAAGAUUCCCAAGGUUACCAUGCCGGUCGAGACCAAACCCAACAUUCCUCGGCCCUCUGAGGCUAAGGCUGCUCCGGAUUCCAAGUCGCUGGAUGUAAACCUGUCAUUGUCCUCCGAUUUUUGUAGAUUGCAAGACGUGUCCCUUAUGAGAAGUGAAGUGCACAAACUCCUGCUCCCCUCUUCCCUGGAUGUCUUCAAGUCUCUUCCACCGAUUGGAGUACUAUCUGCAUCGUCGGUUUAUGCCUUUCAGAGUAUGCAAGCGAGUCUAGCUGCGGCUGAGAGGGUAGUUUUGCUAGAGAGGGCCCUUGACGAAUCUAGGCGUAAGGAGUCGACUGCCCAUUCCUUGGCAGAAGAAAAUGCCAAGCUGGUCCAAGAUUUGCAAAGGGAGGUGUCAGCUCAAUCUGCUCAAAUCUCACGACUGGUCAACAGGACUAAAGCGCUGGAAGCUUACGGUCGGAAAAAGAAACAGGAAGUCACUGACGCAGCUUGCUACUACGUCUGGCAAACCAGGGGAGACCUUAUGGCUUCUUUUCUUGCGGGUGAGUCAUCCAACUGGAAUGCUGAGGAGGAUAUUGCAACCUGGAAAAAGGUUCAAGAGGAUAUGGAUCCUCCAGUUGCUGAGGACGGCUUCGAUGUGGGUCAGUCCGAUGGCGAGGCUGACUCCCAACAUGCUUAGGUUGCUCUGUUCUAUUUGACAUUUUUGCUAAACACUUCUGAUCUUGCUCCCGGUAUCCUGGUGGUUUAUCCAGGACGGGAAGCACUCUUGACUCUUUAUGCCUGUGCACUUGGUGGUUUAUCCAAGGCCUGACUUUCAUUUUGCUAUGUUUGAUGUGAAAACUUUGAUGUGUCUGCUUUUGUAUCCUGUGUGUGCGCACUAGUGCUGUAUAUAUAUAUGUGUGCUGUCAUGUAUGUGUGUUGAUUUUGGCCAAAAACAUAUAUGUUGUAAGGGCCGAUUGGGACUGUAAUCCAUGAUACUCUCAUGGGCAGCCCAACCCUUUCCCUUUUUUAUGUUGAUGUACAAUACCCAAUUGGUAAGAGUAGAAAUGAUGUUUUCCAUCCUUU